GAUAAUUCAGAUUUUUUUAUAGUGGUUAUAUGUUCUGUGAUUCAGGUUAUGAUCAGGUUAAUCCAAUUAUAGUUUGGAAAAGUCCUAAAAACAACCUUUUUAUUCAAUGAUAAACAGAGUAUACAAAUUAUAUUGAGAAAAUAAGUCCAUUUAUAAAAUGACAGACAAAAUUACAUUUUCAGAUCUGCAACUCAAUAAUUGGAUAAUUCGACAAUGUGCAACAAUAGGCGUAAAAAUCCCUACACCUAUUCAGUCAAAUUGUAUUCCAGCGAUCUUAAAAGGAUAUGAUUGUAUUGGAGCAGCAAAGACUGGUAGUGGUAAAACAUUGGCCUUUGCAUUGCCAAUUAUUCAAAAGUUGUGUGAAGAUCCUUAUGGAAUUUUCGCAUUAGUUUUAACACCUACCAGAGAAUUAGCAUAUCAAAUAGCAGAUCAAUUUGCAGUUAUUGGAAAACUAAUGAACUUGCGACAUUGUGUUAUAGUAGGAGGUAUUGAUAUGGUAGAACAAGGUAUUCAGUUAUCUAAACGCCCGCAUAUAGUAGUAGCCACACCAGGUCGUUUAUCUGAUCACAUAGAAAGCUGCAAAACAUUUUCAUUAUCAAAAAUAAAGUUUUUAGUAUUAGAUGAAGCUGACAGGCUGCUAAGCGGACAAUUUGAUGAGCAGAUUAAAAUAAUUUUCAAAGAAUUACCCAAAAAUCGGCAAAAUCUCUUUUUCUCUGCAACAAUUACUGAUACUUUGGAAAAAUUAAAAGAAGUUAGCAAUAAAGAAUUAUUUUUUUAUGAAGCUCCUUCUAUAUCUGAUGCUGUUACAGUUGAAGAACUGCAACAAUAUUAUGUACUUUGUCCUAAAGAUAUUAAGGACGCCUAUCUUGCCCAAGUAAUAAGAGAGUUUAGGAGUAACAAUGAAGAAGGAAAUAUUAUGAUUUUUACAGAUACUUGCAAAAACUGUCAAGUACUUUCAAUGACACUAAAUGAUGUAGGAUUCGAAAAUGUGGCUCUCCACGCUAUGAUUCCACAACAACAACGUCUAGCAGCUUUAGCAAGAUUUAAAAGCAAUACUGUAAAAAUGCUAAUAGCAACUGACGUGGCAAGCAGAGGUCUCGACAUCCCCACUGUCGAAUUAGUUUUAAAUCACACAGUCCCCAAGGUUCCCAAAGAAUAUGUUCAUAGAGUUGGUAGAACUGCAAGAGCAGGUAGAGGGGGUAAAGCUAUCACAUUGGUUACUCCUUAUGAUAUUAAAUUAUUACAAUCUAUAGAAGAACACAUAAAAACGAAAUUGGUUGAGUGGAAAGUUGAAGAUUCAGAGGUGGGAAAGAUAUUUGCUCAAGUCACAGUUACAAAAAGUGAGGCUUACCUCAAGUUAGACGAAGGCGAUUUUUAUGAAAAACGUUUGAUAAAUAAACGUAAGAAAUGGAUUUUAGAAGGAUUAGAUCCAGAUGAAGAAGAAGCGAAACUUUUAAAGAAAAACAAAAAGAAGAAAAAGAAGAAAUCGGAAUAAGGUUUUGUUUCAAUUGUUUUGUACAUAAUAAAAAAAAAUCUUCGAUAA